ACAAACCCCGCCCCUCUGCCAGAAACCUGGAUCGGUCUGAUUACAGGGAGAGGGGCACCCCUCUUUUUCUCUCCCCUUCCCUCUCUCCUGUCCCCCAUUCACUGCUGGCCUUUGCUGGCCAAGGAAGCCCCCAUUAAAGAAGAGGGGACAGUGCUCAACAGGUCUGGGAAGAAUAGCACUUCUGUGGACACGAAAUGGAGUUGAUAUAGGUAAACUCCCUUGAACCACCUGGCCCACGAUCCAGCCUAUGUGUUCAUAAAAUAUGAGGGGCUACCCCUCUCUCCUCCUUCUGUACCUGGGAUUGACCACCUGCUUGGACGCCUCACCCAGUGGGGAGCAAGACCCAGAAGUCUUCCUAGACUCCCCAGAAGCCCAGAGCUUUCUAAGGAGCCAUAGCCGGAUUCGUCGAGCCAAUCACUGGGACCUGGAGCUGCUCACGCCAGGGAACCUGGAACGGGAGUGUCUCGAGGAGCGGUGUUCCUGGGAGGAGGCGCGGGAGUAUUUUGAGGACAAUACUCUGACGGAGCGCUUUUGGGAGAGCUACAUCUACAAUGGCAAAGGAGGGCGUGGACGAGUGGAUGUAGCAGGCCUGGCUGUGGGGCUGACAUCUGGCAUCCUUCUCAUUGUCCUGGCCAGCUUGGGAGCCUUUUGGUAUCUGCACUACCGACGAAGGGGUCAAGGCCAGCAGUCCUGUCUCCAAGAGGCUGAGCUCAUUAACUCCCUGAGUCCCCUGGACAAUCUAGGCCCGCCUACGCCCCUGCCUCCACCGCCACCCCCAGGUCUCCCCACCUACGAGCAGGCGCUGGCGGCCUCUGGGGUGCACGACGCACCUCCGCCCCCCUACACCAGCCUCAGGAGGCCUCGCUGAAGAGCUGCUUCGGAGCCGGUGCUCCCCACAUUCACAGCGGAUUCCAGAGCCCCCAGGCCUCUUAAACGACAUAGCUGAGCUUGAGGAGUGGUGGGAGUAGGGGUCGUCCGACCUGAGGCCUACCCUGGCACACGUGUUUCCGCCGAGUACGGAUACACGCGUAUCCCUGCCCAACGAGUUCCCUCGUCCCGGCCACUCGCGGGCCCCCACGCUCUUCUGACUGUGGGGGUACCCGCCAGCCCCGCCCUCGGGGUAGGCUUGCGUGGAAACUCGGACCCCGGCGCGUGGGCCGGGUGUACCGACUCGCGUGAGUGAGCAGGUGUGACAAGGCCAUCUCCCUCCAGUACUAUGGGCCACGCACACGCAGAGCCCUGCUUAUGCACACACACACGUUUUCGUGCGUUCCCCUUGCACGCACACGGGCGCUCUGCAAUCCAGGGAAAGGGUGGGGGACAUAUUUGCAAGCGUGCUCUUUGGGGUUAGGCUCGCAUUGCACCGGGAGACUGGAGUUGUGCUGCUCUCGUAAAUUAAAAUCCUUUUGUAAAAGAGACAAAAAGUGAAACAACGGAAAAAAAAUAAAAUAAACUGAAAUGCA